GGUGCAGAGCAGGAGUAAAGUAAAUCUGAUCUGGAAGCAGCCUGAGUGAUGAAGUUGUUUAAGUUCACAUGUGCGGUCAUUACCAGGGGCCUGUUCAUCCUCGUCUCUCUGACCGGAGUCUGGAGGGUGACUUCGGUGAAAAAAGAUCCGAACUACUGGCUCCUGACUUUCCUCUUUCUGCCGCUCGUCCUGGAAAUGAUCAUCACCCUGAGUAGGCGGAAGGGAGAAGACUACAAAUGGUUCUCUCCUCCGAUCUUUCUGUUUCUCAUCAGUAUCAUUCCAUCCAUCUGGCUCCUGGAGCUCCACCAACAGAACACAGCCAGUGAAACUCAGUGCAAAGACUCAUUCAUGAGGAACUUGACCUUUCAAAACUUCACAAGCCAGAACUACCUGAAGAUUCUCAAAGAGGAGUUAUCAACUUUCUGUCCCAACAAAUGGAUCCUGGCUCUCCAUCAGAUCCUGCUCAUCCUCCUGAUCGUCGGAAAGUGGUUGCUCCCCCUGGGGGGCGGAGUUACCCGCGACGAGCUCUCGCAGCUUCUCCUAAUCUUCAUUGGCACGGCGGCAGACACCCUUGAGUUUACUAGUGAGACGCUGUCAGAUGUCAAAGAGAAGAGCCCCAUGAUGGUCUAUAUUAUUUUAGGUGUAUGGACUUGGAGCAUGUUGCAGUUCCCCUUACAUUUGGCCGUGGUGACCUCCAAGUCAGAGGGAGAGGAUAGGCAGGGGGUCAAGGAGUCUUCCCUCUGGUCCAAACACAGCAGGGACAUGUGGAGCAUCAUAGAGGCCUUGUUCAUUCAGGACGGGCCCUAUCUGGUGGUCAGGCUCAUAGUCAUAAUCUACUCCAGAGUCAUCCACCAGAUGUUGGGUUUCUUCACCAUCAAGAACUUCCUGGUGGUCAUACUGAACUUGUACAGGUUGACUGUGAUAUACCAGGACUUCAGGUCCUCCCCCAGCAACAGGGACAUCGCUUUCCUGUGAGUCUGCAAUGAGAUGAGACGGGAUCGAGAUGUUACAGCCAAAGUCUUGUAGUCACAGUAGACGGGAAAAGGGCCCAGAGUUGAAGAUCUAAAGAUGUCAAAAGCUGUAAAUAAUUAACGCUGUUGUGAGCAGAGAACAAUUUUCUUACACGUGUGAAGGGCUGAGGUUGUCAAGUUCAAACUCCACACUUGACCGCCUCAGCUUGAAGCUCAUACUUCACGUCUUUUACCCCCUGAGUUCUAAUGUAGCUGCUUCAACAAUUAAAGAAAUUACCGGCAGGGGGGCAAGAAAGGAAAAGAGGGAAGCAGAGCAUAACAGGAAAAAGAAGUGAGAGAUACCCUGAUAUGAUUCAAUGUAAACAGAUUAUGCACAUUGCUAAAGCAGCCAGCACAAUACAGUUUAUGAAAGUAGUCAGUAACAGUCAACGCAGCACUUACAGUAAGUGAAGCCAAACUACUGCUCGGACAAGGACUGGCCAGAUUUCUCACUGUGUGAAGCCCAGACAACAGGAAGCGAGGAAGACAGAGAGAUAUACUCAAUGACACUGAGGCUCUCUGGGUGCUGACAGGAACUGAGAUUGAAGAACAGUUUUCCUGCCAGGUGACCCAUUUGUUUACAUUCUGUCUAUUUACUUAAGCACUAGAUAAAUAACAGCCCAUAAUGCAACACAUCGCAGUCCAGAUACCAUUCAGCGAAUUCAGUUUAACACCAUGUAACGUUCGCCACACUGUCGAAAAACUGUUUACUUCCCUUCCCACACAGAAAUUAUGACUCCAACUUUCACUAAACUUUACAAAAAUCUUUUUAACUUUUUAGUAUUUUUGUACUUAUAUGUUUGCACUGUGAAGGUAUCAUUUCAUUGUACACCCUGUUCAAUGACAAAAAAGGCAUUCUUAUCCUUAUUCUUGAAUUCAUAUAAAACCAAGGCUAUAAAGUAAUGUAGUGACAUGUUUCUGUUUUUAUUCCAUAAUUGAAAAUGUUGUGAUUACGAUUAAACCUCAAACUUGAUUGAUUGUUUUCCCUGUUACUCCUUCGUGUCUGUACUGAACUCAGAAGAUCUGCUUUUCUCCGGUCACUUGAAACUUUCUACAAAGCCCCCUGAAUUAACCCUUUGGUAACCCUUGGACAAUUUCAUUCCAUGACUACAAACCAUUUUGUUUAGUUUGACUUUUAAAUCGUGCUCUGGACCUUCUGACACCAUAUGUGCCUGGUUGUUAUCAUAAGUCCUCGGCGAAUGCCCGACUGACCAUUCCACUGUCCCAUCUGAGGACCAAAGGUGACUGGGCCUUUUCUGUCAGGGAUCCCACUCUUUGGAACAAUGUCCCUGAGGAGAUCUGUCUGAAAAGAGUUUAUGCUUUUUUAAAUCUCUCUGAAAGACUCAUUUUUAUAGGUGUUCUCAUUGUCUUUUUUAUAAUGUUUUAUUUGAUCAUUUUACUUUUCUCUCAACUGUAACAUUUUUAUUUCUGUAUCUCUGCUCUAAUGCUGGCGACCUUCAAAUGACUUUUGUUUCUCAUUGUUUGCUUCCCACACAGCCCCUUAUAACUGUGUUUUG